AUUCUAGUUUGUGAGGAGCUUUUGAGUCAAACAGCACCCAGUCAAAUUUGAUACUUGGAUUCGACACCCUUAAGUGACGGCUAUUCACUGGACUGACAAACAGACAGACCGAGACCUCCAGCACACCGGGUUUAUAUACGGUCCGUAUAUCUUGCUCGGCACAAUGUGUCAACAACAAAACAGCGCCCAAAAGGACCCAACUAUCACCACACGACAUCAGGUUCAUGAUGAAGACUUCCCAUGGCACAUUGGUGUCUGUGACGCCCACUGCCAUCCCACCGACGCUAUGUCCUCGAUAGCCCGUGUUCAGGGCAUGCGGGCGCGGGCAUUGACCAUCAUGGCCACCCGCUCUCAGGACCAGGACCUCGUGGCGUCGGUCGCGGCCAAGAGCGGUAUCCGGGACCGGUCGGCCUUUGCCUCCGUGCCGGACACCCAGAAUGCGCCGGAGAAGAUCGUGCCGGCGUUUGGCUGGCACCCUUGGUUCUCGUACCAGCUCUACGACGACACCGAGGGCAGCGGCAGCGGCAGCAGCACCACCACUGACGACCCAGCGUCCACAAGCCCGGCCGCGUACAAGGCCAAGCACUACAGCGCCGUGCUCACCCCGCAGCCGGACGACACGUUCAUCGACUCCCUCCCGGACCCAGUCCCGCUCAGCACCUUUCUCGCCAGCACCCGACAGCGCAUCCUCGACGCCGGCGGGCCCGCGCUCAUCGGCGAGGUCGGCCUGGACAAGGCGUUCCGGCUGCCAUGGCCCUGGAACCACCCCGCCAACGCGGCCGAAGAGGGGCAGCUCACGCCGGGCGGGCGCGAGGGCCGCACGCUGAGCCCGCACCACGUCAGGAUGGCGCACCAGGUGGCGGUGCUCAAGGCGCAGCUCCGGCUGGCGGGCGAGCUGGGCGUGGCGGUCAGCGUGCACGGGGUGCAGGCGCACGGGGUGCUCUUCGACGCGCUGGCGUCGCUGUGGAAGGGGCACGAGAAGGAGGUGGUGUCGAGGCGGAAGCAGAAGCUGGUCGCCGAGGGGGCGGAGGACUUUUCGUCAUCAGAGGAGGAGGAGGAGGAGGAGAAGAAAAAGAAAAAGGGUGGCUACAAGCCGGUGCCGUUCCCGCCGAGGGUGUGCCUACACUCGUUCAGUGGCUCGCCCCAGAUGGUGCACCAGUACCUGAACCCGGCCAUUCCCGUGCGCGUCUUCUUCUCCUUCUCGACCGUCAUCAACCUCUCGACGGCCGGCGGGGAAAGCAAAUUCCCCGACGUCGUCCGGGCCUGUCCCGACGACCGGGUACUGGUGGAGAGCGACCUGCAUUGCGCGGGCGAGGAGAUGGACCGGGUGCUGGAGGAUAUCUGUCGGCGGGUUUGCGAGAUUAAGGGCUGGACGCUGGAAGAGGGCCUAGCGAGGAUACGGAAGAACUAUGAGCAGUUUGUAUUCGGCUGAAAGGUGCGGUUUGUGACGGGCACAGGCCCGCGGGGUCUAGCCCCUCAAUAACUGAGUUGCACCAGAACAUGGCUUUAGUUUGGUGACGAG